UAGCUAGCCCGGCGCAUUUUAGCCUCCCAGGCGCAUGAAACCGACGCUCUCUACUCUCCACUGUAUUAAUCACAAACAACAGAGCCUGCCUCCUUAUUCGCUAUAAACACCACCAAAACUUGCUCUAAAUUUAGGACUCAAGAUUGGUAGGUGCUUUAAAGCUUUACUUACGAAAUAAACUUGCACUCUCACUACUUGCCAUAACACAAGCCAAACAAAAUACUAACCUAGUUGAUCUCUCUCUGCAUACUAUAUAGCUGCUGUUUUGUAAAAUGGUCACGCCAGAAUUGUCUCAAAGCAAGUCUCAGUUCUCUCCAAUGGCUAAAUCAAGUGUCAGAACCAAACCCUCUUCCUGUUUCAGUGAUGGGUCUCUCUAUCUCGGUGCUGCUUUACUGGCUUUUUUACUAGUUUGGUCACUUUGGUCCUAUGCACUUUCUCGCAAUUUCGACCCCAAAACAAGUGCGAAAUCUGUCGCCAACACCCAUGCCCAUGAAUGCGUUCAAGAAAACCCUGAAGUCAGUUUACACUACGACCCACCAGACCAGACCUUCUAUGACGAUCAAGAACUGAGUUACUCUAUCGAGAAACCGAUCAAGAACUGGGACGAGAAGCGAAAGGAGUGGCUUAAACACCACCCUUCGUUUGCCCCAGGUGCUCGUGAUCGUGUGGUUCUUGUGACUGGAUCACAACCAAAACCAUGUAAGAACCCAAUAGGUGAUCAUUUACUCUUAAGGUUCUUUAAAAACAAAGUUGAUUAUUGUAGAAUCCACGGUUAUGAUAUCUUUUACAACAACGUUUUGUUACAUCCAAAAAUGCAUAGUUACUGGGCCAAACUACCCGUCGUUAAAGCAGCCAUGUUGGCUCACCCAGAAGCUGAGUGGAUUUGGUGGGUUGACUCGGAUGCUAUGUUCACCGACAUGGAGUACAAGCUUCCAUUGCAACGUUACGAUUACAAGAAACAUAAUCUGAUCGUUCACGGGUGGGAAAAACUGAUCUACGAGAAGAAGAGCUGGACUGCUUUAAACGCUGGCGUUUUUCUGAUUAGAAACUGUCAGUGGUCCAUGGAUUUCAUGGAGAAAUGGAGCGGCAUGGGUCCUAUGAGUUCAGAAUAUGAAAAAUGGGGUGAGAUCCAACGGUCAGUAUUCAAGGACAAACUGUUCCCCGAGUCAGACGACCAGUCGGGUUUGACAUAUUUGCUUUACAAAGAUAAGAGUUUAACGGGGAAGAUUUACUUAGAAGGGGAGUAUUAUUUUGAAGGUUAUUGGGCAGAUAUACUGCCAACGUACGAUAACAUAACGGAGAAGUACACGGAGUUAGAAAAGGAAGAUGGGAAAUUGAGGAGACGACAUGCAGAGAAAGUGAGUGAGCAAUACGGUGUGUUUAGAGAGCCACACCUGAGAGAGGCAGGGAAUGGAAAAGGCAGCUGGAGAAGACCGUUUAUCACGCAUUUUACUGGCUGCCAACCUUGUAGCGGGGACCACAAUCAGAUGUAUGAAGGGGAGACUUGCUGGAAUGGGAUGGUCAAGGCUUUGAAUUUUGCUGACAAUCAAGUUCUGAGGAAAUAUGGUUUCGUGCACCCUGAUUUACUGGAUUCUAACACCGUCACCGAGACGUCGUUUGAUUAUCCUGAUGACGGGCCCUGGUAAAUAAAUUGAUUACAACAAGAAGGAAAAACAAAGAAACCUUAUCUAGGGUGGUUCAAGCCUUCCAUUCUGGUGCCGUCAUGCGACAUGGCUGCAUAUUCUCUGUUGGCAAGGGAUGGCUGAAUUAACAUGCAGCCGUUGUCCUCAACUAGUCUUGCUGAAGGCAGUGGAAUAUUGUGUUUCACCAGCAGCCGUGUAUAAAUGAAGAGGCUCUUGCAGAAUUCACUCCUUUUAUUUCUUUGUAGGUUUUUUCCUUCUUUUGAGAGAUGAUUGGUCUCCAUGCUUACCCUGCAGGCUCGGGUUUGUCUUGUAGCUUUCUCGGCCAAGCAUGAUAGUUGGUUCGUAACAUCAAUAAUAUUCACAAAACCUUUUGAACCUA